AUAUGUUGGUCUAGAGAUGGUUCCUGUUCACGCUGCUGCCCUGGUGGAUAGGGAACCAUUACUUAAUAUAGUACAUAAGGAACUUAAGAAUAUUGGGCUUAACCCUAAACUUGAGACCCCUAAGCCCCCUAAACGGUCCCUUGUACCGUUUUCCACCCCUGGAGGGGGCUCCACCCCUGCACCACCCACAGGUCGUAUAUUUGGGAAAAGAUUAACUGAGUUGUCCAAGUUAUUGGUUAGCUUGGAUCCACAUACAGAUGUUUUGGUUCCCAAGUUCUUGGUUUCAGCCUGCGGAUUCAUCCAGGAAAACUUGAAUACUGAAGGAAUUUACAGGCUCGCUGGUUCAAAUGCAAGACAAAAAACCAUUCGUAGAGAGCUUGAGUGCAGUGAGAAAGACCUUCAUGAGGUGUCUCCAACUCCUUCAGUUCUUGAUGUUACAAAUCUUCUCAAACAAUUUCUUAGAGAGCUUCCUGUUCCCCUUCUCCCCCUUCACUUUCAUUCCCUUCUUGCUGAUGCUCUUAAUAAGAGUGAAUCUAGUCUGCUUCUAACCCUGCUGCUGCUUCCUAUUGAGCAUCUCUCCUGUUUAUCCUACCUGUGUCGACAUCUAGCCGAGGUGGCGGAUAACAGUGCUAGAAACAAGAUGACCGUCAAUAAUCUGGCGAUUGUUCUUACUCCUUGCCUUUUCCCUAUACAGGAUAGUUAUGUUGCUCCUGGAGCUAACAAAGACAGAAGAUUUGCUGAUGGAGAGAAGAAAUUAAAGAUUCAUACCGCCAUUGUUGAAGCUUUCAUCACAAAUUCAAACCAGUUGGGAUUUUUGACUGGUUCUGUUUACGAUCGAUAUCUAGCAGCAGUUUCUCAAUCAUCAGACGAUAAUUUAGAUGAGGAUAGCGGACCCAGUAAAAGAAAAGGCAAAAAGAGAAUUCGUCGUCGUUCAGGAAGUUUAUCUCGAGUUCUCUCUGUUAUGGGGAAAGGUAUUCGAGCAAUGGCCCGGACCACCACAACACCCAAUAAAGGUCAGACGGGCUCGAUUCACUCCACGCCACUUCCACAGUUUGGCGCCACUCCUGACUACCCCUCACCAAGAGGUCAACCCAAACGGAAAGCGCCUGAACAUGAGCUGUCCCCAGCGACGAAGUCGCAUAAAAGAGGAUUUGAGUCGACAUUUACCCCGAAAAUGAGAACGCGGUCUUUUUCGGUCAAGAGAUUUAAACGGAAGAAAUCUGAGGGAAAAUUGCCGAAGGAGACGUUUGUGACGCAUACUAAACUUAGUUGUACGCCGCAUCAGCGUACACCGAUGUCGCAAACAUUACCAACAGCUAUGCCCGUCUUAGCAAGCAUUAGCAAUCUUCAUAUUACGCCAUUGCAAUUAAAGUCUGGGACAAUUUUUUCCGAUGCAAAUCUUCAGUAUGAAGCUAAUUCACAGUUUGAGAAUGAAUACGCAGAGGUUAAGGCCCAGUAUCAGGAUCUUAAGGAGGAAGUGCGUAUGUUAGAAGAGUCAAGGAGGGAGGAUUCGAUGCUGGCUGAUGAGGAUGAAGAAGCGAGGCUUGACAAUAAUGUCGAUGCUCUCCAGAUAGUUGAAGAAAGGUAUGAGGUUGCUAAAGCUAAUGGUGGAACACUAGACAAGGAAUCCAGGGAUACUGCUCGCCAACUGGCCAGAGUGAAACGGCGGUCUAGUGAAAACAAGAAACCCCGGUCCCCUUCUCAACGUCGCAUCGGAGUUAUUAGAAGAAAAAGCAAGGAGAGAGAGGAGAAACUAAACCGUCGGCCGAGCCCUGGUCAAGAUGUUAGCCCAAGAGAGCGUGGUCGAAGCCCCGGUCCUAGGCGGGCACUCAACAAGUCCCCGGUCACCAAGAUUCCACUCACCCCCCUACUCAAUGAGUCGGGCAUCAAGGGGAAGCUUUUAAGAGGACGGCCCAAUACUACAACCUCAGGACUUGAGAAACCCUCUCCAGUCACUGUUGUGGGCCCUCAGGGUAAUAUUAGGAUUAAGAAUAGCUUUAAGAGCAAGGAUAGAGGAGCUAUUCGUGCAAUUGCCCCUGCUCCCAAAAUUCAAAGCCCUGUCACCAGAUCAAUCAGCCAGUCCGAUUCUAUCUCUAGUUUAAGAUCAUAUAUUCACGAUAUUAUUGAGAAAUCCUUCAGCACUGGCAAUGUGUCGGAGGACAAUGUGUUUGGUUCGGAUGAUACUCUGGAUGGAACAUUUCGACAGUCCUCUCGUGAGGAUGUGCAAGAGCUUUCAUCACAAAUGGAAAAUGUAUCUUUUAACUCCGACAUUUCUUCAAUACCGGCAGAUUUUAUGAAGCAAGAGAGUUCUUUAACACGUAGCCAACUUAGACGACAAUCCCAUUCUUUUGAGUUCACCAAACCUUCUGCUAACACGGAGACAAUACGCAACAAGACCGAUUCAAUGCGCCGACAAUCUUCCGCUUUUGAAUUCCGAUCUAAACCGAUAGUGGAGCCAAUUUAUGAAAACCUGAGUCGGGAUACUGCCACCAGGGCCAGCUUGCGACGAAGAAACUCCAGUGUCAAGGAUCUAAUCAAGAAAAUGGAAAUGGAAGCACAGCGGCGAAUUGGAGCUCCCAAGGGGUAUUUUGACGCUCCACGGACAAGAACCCAAAGUAUUCCUGAAAAUGGAAAUACUAUUUAUGAAGAUGUUGUCCUGAUGGUUGAUAAUCAGUCCAAACCCUCUGAAGAUAUCAUCCCAACUACAAGUCUAAAAACUGAUGCUGCGUCACAGCCAGAGGAAAACAUGUUUGCUUCUCCACCUUCCUCUGAGGAGAUAUGGGUUGAUGGGUCAGAGUUCUUCAAGAAUGUACAACAAGCUAACCUCCCCCAGUGUGGACGCUCUUCUAUUGUAAAGAUCCGAACCGAGCAUCGCGGUCGAGUUCUGAACUCCGUAACAAAAUUUUCUGGUCCUCCCGGAUCCACCCCAGUCCGCCGAGGGGCUACCCCCGGCUCACGUCGGAUAUCCGCCAGAAUGGGUGUGUCGGCUAGCCCCUCCUGUCCUCCACCCCCGGUACACCGUCGACAGACCCUAACUGGAAUAAAGACUUCUGCCGGGUCUAGACCAAGCGGACAUUACACUGCUCCGACUAUAUCUACCCUAGCUAAGAAACGGGAUAAAAGUCCACUAGCGCCACCCCGACUUAAACGAAGUCCAACUGUUAGAACACUAGAGCGUAAGAAAUCGGAUGCAAAGAGUGGACAGAAAGCUGCUUCUGUUCGUCGGACGUCAUCUAAUACCGCUCCGUCAAGAAAGGGUAGCGAAGGUGGCCGGGGAAGAAGGAGAGAUGAUAGAAGGUUCUUAACCAUUGGUUACAAUGAGGAUGUUAGAAGUCCGCUCAAAGAAUGUCAAAACAUUCAUGCUAACGUUAAACGAUCAAACUCUGACCAGACGACAACCAGUAAGAAGGAAAUGAGGAAACCUGUAGCGGAGGCUGAGAAUACUUACCAAAACAUCCUCGUCUCAAGGACACAUAGCCUUAAAUCCGACCUCCUCAUGAGCCCCGCCUGUCCUCCUAACCUCACUCCUAAAGCUGAACGUGUACGAAGGGCGAAUUCUGAGAGAACUACGCCACGUCACACUCCAUACAAGACACCAUAUUCAGCCUACCGACCAUAUAGGGCGGAACUGGGAGACCAGGGAACGCCCCGAAGAUCUCCCAGAUUGUUGUAAGAAGGCGUGUCCGUGCCAAAUGUAUAAAUAUGAAAGACUGUUCUAUAUGCUUUAAUUCUUUAUUGUAUUAUCUUAUAAAUAUUAACACAAAGUUGUACGAUAUCUUGCACACGUUUUUUUAAUAGAUUUGAUCAUUUGAA